AUGGCCAAGGUGAAGGGUUUAAAAAAUCCCGUGUUGUUGAAAGAGUUGGCGGACGAUAUGUACAAGUUAAAGGCAUCUCUUUCCAAAUUAAGUGAUGAUGAAGUUAGAUAUCAAUUGGGGGAUUUGUUGGAACACCGAAGACGGCGUUGGAUAAGCUAUAUUAAAGAUCUUUACUCUCUCGUUGGAAGCUAUCUUAAGGAAUUGGCUAAACAUAUAAAUGAAGAUACUGGUGAGGAAUAUAUUCCCCUUAUUUGGACCAUCUUGAAUCGACUUGCGCCAGACGCUCUCUCCAAGGCAAAAGUAAGCAAUAAAAGUGUAAGUCUCCUCUCCGCAAUUCCAAGGAUCACCGAUAUAUAUGUUGAGGAAAGCGAGAAGAGAAUUAGGAAACUUAAUGAACACGAAUUGAAGAAGAAUUUGGAGUUUAUAUCAAGUCACUCCAUUAAGCAAUAUAAGAUUGCACUUCUCCUGCUUCUUUUUGUUGAAAAGGCUCAAUAUUACGCCUGUCUGACAAGAAAAGAGAAGUCUAUUAUUCAAGAAAGAAUAGUGAAUGUGUUCGACACCGGCGCCGAUGAAUCUGACAUGUUGAAAGUUACUUAUGCAAUUUACCUUCUUCGUACAGUGGACACUUGGCUCUCUGGUUUCGUGCUCUCGAUCAAGACUGCUUCGUGA